ACCAUAUAUGCUUGCUUGUGCGGCUCUCCCUUUAUCUAUUAUUUUCCCAGCUAGAGCUAAUAGCAUUUCUAUCCUUCUUACAGCAAAGGCGCGAUGGACUCCUCCGAGAAGGCCAAAGGAAAGGAGAAGGUGGAGACCACGGAAGCGAGCGAAACCAUAAUUGCUGUUGAAGGGGAGGGUAACUCCCGUGCAGCAGGCGGCCUUUCCCCUGGCGAUAUCCUAGCAACGGACGUUUGGGCCGAAACAAUGCUGGAUAAAAUCAAAGUCCUUCAGAAAAGACCUAGUUACACUGCAUCCAAAAGCAUCAGCACAGCUCCUGCAAGCACUGAGGACCGUGACAAGAAGCUUUACGAGCCAAGGGCGGUGGCCAUCGGCCCCUACCACCGGAAGAUGGAGAAUAAUUAUUUCAGAAUCACAGAUGAACACAAACUGUGGUGUGUGCAAGAAGUGAUCGGCUUUCACCCAAAAAAAGAAGAAGAAGAAGAAGUGAUCGGCGACAGUUACAAACGAGACCUCGGUAAAUUCCUCGGUAAGAUGAAGGAGAGGAAAGAAGAUGCUUUGGAUUUUUAUCGUGAGUGUUAUGGGAAAGACUAUAACUUCGGCAUGGAUUCCCAAAGUUUUUUGGAGAUGUUAAUGCUUGAUAGCUGCUUCAUCUUGUUUGCGCUUUCAUUUAAUUAUGGUCUUGCCAAGGUAGUCCCUAUGCUGGUGGGCUUACCCGCUCUACCAUGGGCACAACGUGAUAUAGUGCGGGCAUCGGAGCUUGUCAAGACUGACUUGCUGUUGCUCAACAACCAAAUCCCUUUCUUUAUCCUUGAGGAUGUUUUCAAGAUGAAAAAUGAUAUUUGCCCAAAAGAAAAGAAGCGAAAUGGAGGCAAUGAAGGCAACGGUUCAAUCAGAAAAGAUGCUCUCGAUUUUUUUGAUUUUCUCGAUUUAGGAAGGAACAGUUCGAAAGACCCAGAAAAAGGGAAGGUUGAUCAUCUGCUUGAUUUGUACCACAUGUAUUUGGAGCCACCGGUGCAUCCUGGUGGAAGCUUGCUUGGAGAUAUUCUUCCAUUUAUCGAUCCACUGCGAUCUCUCCCCAGCGCAACGGAGCUCCAACGAAAGUCUGCGGUGAAUUUUAAGGUGAAAGAAAUGGAGCCAGAAAUUGUACUCGACGUAACGACGCGCAAAUCUGGAGAUAUCCAGAUGCCGGCAUUGCGCGUCGAGGACCAUACCAAUAUUCUCCUCCAUAAUCUAAUCAGCUUUGAGCAGCCUCUUGGCACCCUGGACUCGUACGUCACAGCCUACGUCGCAUUCUUGGAUCACAUCGUGCAGAGAGAAGAAGACGUGGAGCUGCUUGAAAAUAGUGGGGUGUUGGAGCACAGAUUGACCAGCUCUGCGGAGGUGGUCGCUCUCUUCAGGCAAUUACAUUAUGUGAUCGAUCAUUAUAAGACGCCGGGUUACUUGGCUAAGGUAUACCAGGAGGUGAAUCGUUGUUGCGACAGCAAGUGGCGCCAAAUGUAUGCCGAUGCGAAGCAACGUUAUUGCUCCAAUGUAUGGCUGAGCAUCUCGUUUGUUGCCGGUAUCGCUCUGUCAGUUCUCACCCUCAUCGAGACCAUCUGCGCCAUCAUCGGCUACUAUGAAAAAUUGAAUGGCACCGCUGCUAUCUAG